UGUUACAGUUAAAUGUGUCCUGAAAACAAGGGGUCCAGCUUGUUGUCUCGGAUCAGCUCAGAGGCCUCGGAGGUUUAUCUGUCUAACUCUAGAGAUGGACAAUGAGGUCGAUGUCUUCUAUCGGGAGCUGCCGAAAGUGGAGCUUCAUGCUCACCUCAACGGCUCCGUCAGCUUCCAGACUAUCGACAAGCUCAUCAGCAGAAAACCUCAUCUCAACAUUGAACACGACAUGACUGCUAUCGGAAAAAACCAGCGGAGGACACUGGAUGAGUGUUUUCAGGUCUUCAAGGUCAUCCAUCAGCUGGUGGACACAGAGGAGGACAUCAUGAUGGUGGCUACAGAUGUUAUCAAGGAGUUUGCGGCUGAUGGUGUGAAAUAUCUAGAGCUGAGAAGUACACCAAGGGAGGUGAAAAGCACAGGAUUGACAAAAAAGAGUUAUGUUGAAACGGUCAUCAAAGCCAUCCAACAGUGUAAAAGCGAUGGAGUGGACAUUGAUGUCAGGUUUCUGGUGGCGAUUGACCGCAGGAAUGGGGCUGAAGUUGCCAUGGAGACGGUGAAGCUUGCUGAGGAGUUCAUGUUGUCCUCUGAUGGUUUGGUGGUGGGGCUCGACCUCAGUGGCGAUCCAACCGUUGGCCAUGGCAAAGACCUACUUCCUGCUCUACAGAGGGCCAAGAACUGUGGACUGAAGUUGUCACUGCACCUCUCAGAAGUACCAUCACAGCUGGAGGAGUCAGAUUUGCUGUUGAAUCUUCCUCCAGACAGGAUCGGCCAUGGCACCUUCUUGCAUCCUGAAGUGGGUGGAUCUCAAAGUCUUGUUGACAAAGUGGUGAAGAACAACAUACCUCUGGAGCUUUGCCUGACAUCAAAUGUCAAAGGACAAACUGUACCGUGUUACUCCAAACAUCAUUUCAAGUACUGGUACCAGAUGGGACAUCCAAGUGUGAUUUGUACUGAUGAUAAGGGAGUCUUCAGUACAGACUUGUCUCAGGAAUAUCAGCUGGCAGCUUCGACGUUUGGUCUCAGUCGUGAAGACGUAUGGAAACUCUCCCAGCAGGCCAUAGACUGUAUCUUCGCAGCAGAUACAGUGAAACAGCAGCUCAAACAGAAGUGGAUUGACUUACAGCCUCAGGUGUUCAAGUGACCCAUUCAGUGGAACCUACAGCCUAACAUAUACCUCAAAGUUCAGUUUUGAAAACUUUUUCAUUUAACUUUUUACAAGUCUUUGUAGAAUCAUGACAUCAACUAAAAAGGGAACACGUAAAAUAAUGUUUGCAAAAAUGUUUGCAAUAACCACAAGUAAAUGACUACUAUUUAGUA